AUGGAAUUGGAUUGGAGUUCACCCGCUGCUGACUAUUUGGAAAUAUACAUGGACGGGAAGAUCCUUCAGGUUCGGAGAAGCCGUUCCUCCGCAGCUUCUGACUCCUGUUCAGCAGUUGAACGGUUCAUUGUCAUUCCCAGCGAUGUCUGAGGCGCACAGACAGGCUGUACAUUACAAGAUGAGGCGGGAUUAGAUGACAGCGGGUUAAUCUUUAGGCUCACCAUCUGGCAACGCCACGAGAAUUAAACUUGAAGCCCCCUGAGGCCUUGGCCGCUCUGCACACGGACGCCACCUUUUCCAGUGGGAUUUGGCAGACGCAUGGGGGCCGAGUGCCCAGCAGAUGGUACGCCACUCAACACAGCCAGUCGGCAGCAGAACAGGAAACCAAAGGAAACCACAGGAAACCGUCCUUCGUGCUCCAUUCUCCAUCCUCCAUCUUCCGUCCUCCUUCCUCCGUCCUUCAUCCUCCAUGACUGCCGAUUCCAGGAAAAAUACACCUACUUCUUCUCACACACAUCUACGCUCGGAAAACACCUUGUUAUCAUUGUUGAGAUGCGAUCCCACCGACCCCAUACUGAUUCAUAUCCAGGCUGGUAUCACUGAUACCUAUCCCGUGCCAAUCAAAACAAGAGUCAGCUCAUCAAGGCAUGUAAUAGGACACCUAUAAAGCCCAAAAAAUCUUCCAAAAAGUGCUCACAACUCCUGCAUACUAAGCAAGCUACAGCCACAUUGUUAUUAUUAUUAUUGUUAUUAACAUUGUUACGCCCAAGAACUACAUUACUGGUGUAGUGACACCUCCACACACCACACCGGCUAGCUACUAGCCGGCAUGUGACUAGCUCAGUUGGCUAGAGAACGGUAACGCUACAUAUUGGAGCUAACGCCACUGCUGCUAUGUUUUUGUUUUGGAGUUUGUAAAAGUUAACGCUAGGUGUAGCGUUGCUUUCUAUGUUGCUACGUGACAUCCAUGCACCCAGGAAGGAAGUUCCGCUAAUACGUAAAAGGAGCAAAAUACAGCAAAAGAGCGAAGUCUCCAGGUGGAAUAGGUGUGUCCCAUUACGUGCAUUCAUUUUUUUUUAUCUCACGUGUGUUCCUGUCUCACAUAAGGAUUGUGAGAGGAUUGAUUCCCUAAGAAAUAUUGCAUGUUUUUCCCAUUGUGAAUGUGUGAUGACAACAAAGAUGGAUGUCUACUCUAAUGAACCUCGUAGCUCCAUUCCUGUCCUGUGUUGGUUUUUCCACGAGCUUUACUAGGACUGAGCGGCAUCGGGAGGGACUCUUAAGAAGCGUCAUCGGAUUAGCGAGCCGGCACCUGCCUUCAGUCGACCAGCCAACACCUUGACAGACGCAUCAUCUCAUGCGUGGGCACGCCUUCAUCGUUGCAUUUUUGAAAGGAUGAAGCAUGUGAAGGUUGAACAUCUGCCUUUGGUCUUUGCUUUGCUGCGCGUCUGCUUUGCGCAGGCAGACUUUGCCCCUUACUUCUUUGACAACGGGCCGUACAGCUACAAUGGGAACAUGGCCCUCUUCAGCCUCUCGGAGGACACGCCGGUUGGUACACACAUCUAUUGCCUCAACGGGACCGACCCAGAAGGCCAGGAGGUGAGCUAUGGCCUUUCGUUUGAUCCCGGCUCCAAACAGUACUUCAGGAUCAACCCCCACACGGGAAACAUCACCUUAGUGGAAAAGCUAGACCGCGAGAGAGAAGAUUCUUUCGAUGUUCUGGUCAGCAUCACCGACGGGAAAAGCAAGGUUGUGGAAAGAGUGACCAUAUUUGUGAUGGACACAAACGAUGAGAAGCCUCAAUUCCAAAACAUGCCUGCGAUCAUUGACGUCCUGGAGACGACAGAGUCCGGACACAGCAUCUUCAAAGCGGAGGCCGUGGACAGAGACACGGGCUCGGGGGGCUCGGUUACCUACUACCUCCUGAACGCACAGUUGAGCUUGUUUGCCAUCGACAGACACAGCGGGGUCAUUCGCAUCAAACCCGAGGAGACUCUGGACUACGAGAAAACAAAGACACAUUUUGUCACCGUCAUUGCAAAGGAUGGGGGCGGUACGUUCAACGGCAAGGAGCAAUUUUUGUCCUCCUCUUCUACCCUCACAAUUAAUGUGAUCGACGUGCAAGACACGCCGCCAUCUUUUAUCGGGACUCCGUACUUUGGCUACGUUUACGAGGUGUCAACGCCGGGGUCGGAGAUAUUCACAGUUGUGGCCAAAGAUGGUGACGUUGGAAACCCAAAUCCAAUUAGAUAUUCUUUUGAUGAAGGUGACGAUGGAGUUUUUAGCAUCAAUGAGACCACCGGCCUCGUCACCCUGCUGACAAGUCCCAUUCAUCUAAAGAGAGAAAUCUUUAACAUUAAAGUCAAAGCAUCUGAAGUGAGUCCAGGAGGCCGACCCAUGGACUAUGGAGUGACCAUGCUGGUGAUCCGGGUGGUGGACCUGAAUAACAACCCACCAACAUUCUACGGGGAGAACGGCACCCAAAGCAUGUUUGAGCUGACCAUGUACGAGCACCCCCCGGAAGGGGAGAUACUGCGGGGGCUGAAAAUCACAGUGAGAGACGCCGAUCAGGGCGCCAAUGCAAAAUUCAACCUGAGGCUGAUCGGGCCUGGCAGGAUGCUACGUGUGGUCCCGCAGACGGUACUGAACGAGGCCCAGGUCACCAUCUUGGUGGAAGACUCCGCCGCCAUGGACUACGAGAGGCACCACUUCCUCACGUACAAGCUACUCGCCGUUGAGAUCGACACGCCGGAGAGGUUCAGUUCCACGGCGGAUAUCAUCAUACAUCUUCUGGACACUAACGACAACGCGCCGAAAUUCUCCUCAGAUUACUACAUAGCCAGAAUUCCCGAAAAUUCACCUGGCGGAUGCAAUGUUGUGUCAGUUCUGGCAAUAGACCCAGACUCUGGACCAUGGGGUGAAGUGAAGUACUCCAUCUACGGAUCCGGGGCUGAAUUGUUCUUGAUCCAGCCGUCAACUGGCAUCAUCUACACGCAGCCAUGGGCCAGCCUGGACGCAGAGGUGAGGUCCAAAUAUAACUUCUACGUCAAGGCAGAGGACUCGGAGGGCAAGUACAGCCUAGCCGAGAUCUUUGUCACCGUGCUGGACCUCAACGACCACCCGCCCGCCUUCAAUGAUAACUUCCUGGAGAAGACCAUGGUGAUUGGCGCUCCGGUUAAAAUUGAGGCUGUCGACGACGACGCAGAGGUGCCAAACAACGUGAUCGAGUACGCCAUCAUGAAAGCCGAGCCCGACAACAACAUCUUUGACAUCGACAGCGACACGGGCGAGAUCAACCUGAAGUCCUACAUCAAGUCCAUGGCUAUCAUUCAGAACAUCACCAAGAAGAGGGACUGCACCUGGUCGCUUGUGGUGCAGGCCCGGGACCGAGGACAACCGUCCUUCAGCACCACCGCCGUGGUCAAGAUCGACAUCACCGAAGCUACCCGACUCAAGGGGGGGCCGUUGGGAUCUAUUUUAGCGCACGAUAGAAACAAGCCCUUGCAAAUUGUAGGCAUGCUGGCAGGCGGGAUUAGUUUCAUGGUCAUAGUCACGGUCAUCAUCUCCACCGUCACCUUCGUACGCAACAAAAAGUCCAACCGGGUCCUGCCCAAUCGCCGUGUGAGGAGGAGGCCCCGUAACCAGAACCCCUGGACCUUCAAGAACCCCUUCAGGACGCCAAGGGACCCAGAGGAGAACUUCCAUGUGCAGGAGGAGGAAGAGCAGGAAGCCGGGGAAACGGCGGAGAACCUCAACCACAACAACAACGUCACCAACGUUGUCAGACACUGGCCUCCGCCUCCCUGUGCCCCCUCGCUGCCGCCCCCGCCGCCACCUUACAUGCCGGGGGAAAGGAAGUGGGCGGUGCCCACGGUCUCGGCCGCUGUGGCGGCCCGGCCCAAGAAGAAGUCGGUGGUGUCGGGUCAGGACAUGAUCAACAAGGCGCUGGUGUCAGAACUCAAAAUGAGACUGGAGCAGAAGAGGAUGCUCAAUCAUUUAUAAUGUGUGUGUGUGUGUGUAUGUGUGUGUGUGUGUGUGUUGGGGGCAGUGCUUUGCAAAAGUCUUGGGCCACCACAAUAUUUGUUGUUUUGAAAUUUGACUAAAUUUCAUGGAUCUACUAUGGUGGAUGUUAUUUAAGCGAUAUUUUCCAUGUUACCUUGCUUAUGGAUUCGCUUAAUUAGUUCCACACCCAACGAUAAGUGAAUUCCUUAUUUGUAAAUGGAA